AUGAUGGCCCCAGCUCCUUAAAAGAUGUCUAAUGUUCAGAAAAUGAAAGAAAAAGUCACCAAUGUUCUGAAUCAAGAAAAGUUUCUUCAGUUUCAUAAUAAUCGAAAUCCAGAGAAUUUCCCUAGAGUUUAAUUUGAUGUUAAUGAUUUGGAAUUCUGCGAUUUAUUGCAUGAGAUUGAUCACAUAUACAAGAGUGUGCACUCACUGAACAAGGUAUUUGUGAAAUACUCAAAUGCUUCAAUGAAUAUGACUAAAAUUAACUCCUUCUUUGGUCCUUAAGCAUUGAAAGCGUACCCUUAAACUCAUAUCAAUCAUUCAGCCUCUGUUCAGAUAAACUAGACACACGAGGAGACCUCAAAGCUGUACAAGGAGUUUUUGGCAAACUAACAGCAGACUGUGAUUCAAUUCAAGAUGAUUAGCUAGAAAUUUGAGUUACUGUUUGCAAAGCUAAAGAAUAGAGAUAAGUCUUUGGAAAAGUUUAAGCACUACUAUGACAAGAUAUAAAAGCUAAAGGAACAAAACUAGCUUAAAGGUAGAAGCACUGAUCCAAAAGAGGACGCAAAGCAUGCUGAAGCUGUUCAGAGGGUAACUUAUUUAAAUGUAUUAAUUUAAUAAUAGAAUGACAAAAAAUAUACCGAAGCAUUGACACAAUUCAAUGCUUUGAAUAACAGCUGUUAUAAUGACAUUAAUGACAUCAUAAGGAAUAAAUACAAGAUUCUCACGCCAAUCGUUAUAAGAUUUACCUAAGUUUCUCAAGUGUUCUUUUCAAAGAUGAGUGGUGCUUUCCAAAGCGUUAACAUGCUUCAAGACAAGUCUCCUCUGUAUGCCAAUGCAACUGCUGCUAAUUAGGACGCUAGCAAUCAGAACUAAGAUCCUAACAUGAACAAUAACAACAACAACAAUGACUAUUACUAUGAGGAAUAGAAAUAAGACGAUGUAGGCUUCAACUUUUAAGAUUUAGACUUGGGAAAUGGAUAGAGAAAUAGUUUCACCUCUUAGAUUCAACCAUAAGUGCAGUAGCAGCCUUAGAUAGAGGAGGAGCCGGUAUACGACAAUAGAUACGAUAGAGAGUACGCGGAGAUGAUGAAAGAAAAGAAGUCAAGGCAGAACUCAGUCAUUGGCCAAAGCAAUGUGAACCAGAACAACAACUAUAACCAGAACAGCUAUAAAGAAGAAAGUAACUAUCUGAAUUAGGAUCUGCAAUAUGAUUAAAAUUACUACUCUGCCCCUCAGACCAAUAAUUAAAAUAAUCAGGUGUAUGAUAAAUAUGAUGAAAGGUACUACUAGGAUGUGCCUUAGCAACAGGAUAACCAGAAUAACUAUGAUAAUGGCUAUGACAAUAACUAUGACUCAUAGAAUCAAAAUUACUAUGACUAGAAUUAUGCUAAUAACAACAAUCAAAAUAGCAAUCAGCAAAAUGACUAGUAUGGUAACUACGAUAACUACUAUUGA